AUGCCAAAUUUGCUCCCUUUAGAAACCAUCAAUUUCAACAGUGUUGACACAACGAAAGCCUAUGACAUUGAAGGUCAUAACAACACUUUGAACGCAUUAUCUUUCCUCUGUCCUAGUUCAAACAUACCCUCAGAUUAUGGUAAUUUCAUAUCAAUGUCACGUUCACAACAGCUUUCGGAUCCAUCAGUAUCUAGCUCUAGCGAGACUCCAAAAACUAACGAAUUUUCUGAGGACUCUAUUAAUUUGCAACCAUCUCAGCAAGAAUCCAGAAAAACUAAACUAGAAAUGGAAAAUGACAAUUACUUGACUGGAAAUAUAUACAAUAUCACUGAUGUCUCAAGCAAUACAUAUGAUCUAGGUAUUAUUCGAAUUAAGGCACUGGCUCUAGAUUGCUUGAAUACGAGCAAAUCUAUAAGAGGAGCAAUUAAAAGAGAGCUUGAACUUGAAAAAAAAUAUUUAAAAACGCUCAAGACAAGAGGAGCAAUCACUUUUAGGGCCAAAGUUAGAAAGAGAAGGAAUCCCUCUUGUGAUGUACCAACUUGGCAACCAAUGUCGGUAUUCACUGCAUUCACUGAUUACAAAUGCAACCAUUUUGAAAAUACAGAUUAUUUCGAUAAUAUUCCGUCCACAUCGUGCUUCGGGAGAAUAAAUAUGAGAGUGAAAAGAGCUUGGAGUAGAGGUCCAAGUAAAAGCAAGAAAUCCUGA